CCAGAGGGACUUUGGGGGGGCCCUGCUUUAAAGGGAAAGUUCACCCAAAACUAUAAAUUCACUAUCCACUCACCACUUUGCUGAUGGUGAGUAGAUAAUGAGUGAAUUUUCAUUUUUGGGUGAACUAUUCCUGUAAGAAGAGAUUUCGAAGAAGAUGCUAAAUUUUCCUUAUGAACAUUUUAUAAGUUUGAGGUUAUAAUCUUCCUCCCUGUGUUCACACAAUACAAAUGCAACAGAUGUAGUUUUACUGCCCAGCUUUCAGCAGUAUUAUUAGUAGUAAUGUUUACCUACUAAACUGCAAUUUGAGAGUAUUUAGAGCGGAUUUUCCCAAAUUAAAAAGGUUUUACUUUGAAAGUGCUGAGCAGAAGUCCACAUUAACUGCAGCUUGUUUUGCGCUGAGACGCCGCCCGGGCGGGCGGGUACCGGCCCCGGCGCGUGUCACAUGGCUGAAUCCGGGUGACGAGGUUUCACUUCACGGGUCGAACACAACCGAGACUGGAUGAAUGUGGAAGCUGGACUCUGGAGGAAGAGGAAGAGAAACCCGGAGACACCGUGUGACUGAGUGAGCGCUGCCCGCAGGAGGCGCUCACUUCUCCGCCAAGGUCUCCCCGAAGACGACGCUUGUUAACGGGACUUUUGUUGUUGUUGUUGUUGUUGACAGGAAAGUUUAGAAUAAGUUUUUAACAUGUGGAAACUUCAGGAUCCGUGAAGUGAACACGUUUCUAACCGUCCGGUCCGAUCCGCUGAAGGCCGGGGGACACCGGGACGUGCAGCCCGAGCCAGCCCUCCUGUUUCUCGGCUGUGAUCCUCCAUGGGUCGACCCACCACCACCACCUCCUCCUCCUCCUCCUCCUCCUCCGCCUCCGGCCUGUGUGAAAGAUGAUCGGGUCACCGGACCUCCUCGCGUUCACCGGCCUCGAGGGCUUCGGGGAAGGGGACGAGGACCAGGGGUAUGCGUGGCCGCCGGAGGAGCUCUCCGUCCCGCUGCUGCCUCCCUCACACCCCUGGAGCUGCGCCGCGCUCUUCCACAGGGACUUCAUCCUGGUGGCGGAGUUCUCAGAGCAGGUGGGUCCAAAGCCCGUGCUGACGAUACCAGACGACCCCAGAGUCAUCGGCUCCUUUGACCUCAACCACUUCUCCGUCCGCAUCAUGUCCGUGGACUACCAGGCGUCCGGCCCCGUCCACGCCUCCCACGCCUCCCCCGGCCCCCGCCUCAACUUCAGCGAGGACUCCGAGGUGAUCCUGGGAGACUCGGCCGAGGACGCCUUUGCGUAUGUUCACCACCUGACCCUGUACGACCUGGAGGCUCGGGGCAUGGUGCGUCCCUUCUGCAUGGCCUACGUGUGCUCGGACCUGGCCAAGCUGAUGGAGAACUUCGCCGAGCUGUCCGCGUGCUUCGCUCGGGCGUCUGACAGCCUCAAGACGGGGAACAGGCAGGCCUUCUCCAUGGAGCUGCAGAGAAAACUGCAAGAGCUCGAGUACAAGAGGCUGACGCUGCUUCAGCAGACAAAACAUCUGUCGACUGUAAACGGCUUCACAGAAGACGCAGGACAAGCCGCUGAUCUUGAAUCUGUGGAGCGUUCCAUCUUAAACCACAGAGACCUCCUCCGCCAGGUCACAUCCUACCCAAACAGGAAGCUCAAACAACCGGACUUCCUGCCCUACGACCCCGCCGACUCCCUCACUGAUCCCACUGCUCUGCUGCCCACUGAGCAGAGCCCCCCCACGCCCAGCCCCUGCAGGUCGGAGCACAGCCUGAAGCCCCUGCAGGAGCUCUGCAACGACUACUUCCUCUCCUUGACAAAGGAGCAGCUGGGGGACACAGAGCGCCGCCUCCGAGGCGACAGGAGCGUCCUGCGAACUGUACGGGUCUCGCGUUCCUUGUCCAGGAAGCUCGCGCUCACCAACUUCCUGUUUGAAUACUGGAGCACCGAGAACGAAGAGGAGGAGGAGAAGGAGGUCGCUGAGCUGCCGAGGGCGAGUCAGAGCGGGGUCAGGCGGACCAGCUCUGAACUCAUGAGCCUGGAGUCUUUCUACUCCUGCGUGGAGGAGAUCCCCAUCAAGCUGGAGGCCGGAGGGACGCUGACCUCUGACCCCAGCGUUGUCAUGGAGAUGGCAGGAAGCGUGAGCAGCAGCGACAGCAUUGAAGUGCUCGGCACAGAGAAAUCGUAUCGGACGCAGCAUGACGUCGAUGGAUCCGACAGCAGAGAAGCAGCUGACAGUUUCCUCUCCUCAGCAGAAACCCCGGUCAUGCUGAUGGACCCCCCCUUCAGACGAGUCCCGGUCGACACCGGUGCCAGACGCGGGCGGGCGUACGCCAGACGAGCCAACAGCGAGGACAGCAUCGAGGUCCUGAGCACCACCGAGUCCAUCUUCCCCGACGACCUCACCGCCAUCACAGAGGAGGAGGCGGAGCAGCAGCCUCUGAGCAACGGCUUCGACGACGAGGAGGAGGAGACGCUGACAGAGCGCAGACCUGAGGAGAAGAUCCUGAAUGUGACCGGUGGAGGACAUGAACAUGGAAACAGUCAGUUUGCUCAGAGAGAGGAAGGUGAUGAAGACGAGCCUCUAAAGGAAAUAACUGUCGGUGAUGGCGUCGAGAUCAAAGAGGAGCCAGUCGAGUGCUGGAAGAAGAAUCAAGAGCGUGAAGACGAGAGUCCUGAGAAAACGUCCAACAUUCUGCAAGUCCAUGAAGCAGUGGAGCCGAUGCCCAACUCGUCCAAAGUCCAUCAGAUGUUCCAGUGGAUGGACCUCCAUGUGAACUUGGCCCCCCCCGUGGCCCCGGCGGAGGCUGACCAUUGGUCCCCGCCCCGCGCUCCUCUCAGGCUGCCGAGCAUCGACGAAGCGUCGGACUGCGCCAGCUUCACAGGCUCCUCAGACCCUCCCUCCCCCACUCAGAACAUCCACAUCAACACCCGCUCAGACAAGAGGAGGAGGAAGGCCGGUCUCCGAGCCCUGAGGUUCGUCAAGCACAACUCCUUCUCCCAUCACGCCGUGUUCUGCCUCUUGAGCGGCCGGCCGCUGGUGGUCAUCGGAGGAGACGAGAGCCUGGUGAGGAAGCUGGUGGACGCUCUGAGUCUCUUCCUGCCGGCGCCUGACAGAAACGCCGUGACGCCGUGUCUGACCACGCCCCUUCAACUGACUGACCUGCUCACCUGGAGACUGAUCGGAAUACACAGAUCCCCCUCCAGCUCCUCGUCCAGCAUCAUUCACUCCCUGAGCCGCUACAGUCGUUAUCUGGCUCUGCUGGACCUGGACCAGAGGACGCUGCGCUGUCCGUCCUACUCCGGCUCCCUCAUCAGCAGAAUGGCCGAUCCUCACAGUGGCAUCAGCCGCGGCGUCACCUACCUGCUGCACCUGGAGAGCUGCCUGACCGCGCUGGUCAACCAGGCUCUGCUGUACACGUUCCGUCCUGCUUCACGCCGUCCGAACGCCGCGGGAGGGCCGGACAGUACCGGCGGAAAAGAGGAUCUCUACACUCCAAGACUGUGCAGCAGUGAACAGGAUGUGAGAGUGAUGAACUUCCUGUCCGAGCUCAUCAAACAGCGCCACGCAGGACGCGGACCCCCGGUUUUGAGAUUCUCCUACAGCGCGGUGCAGCUUCACAGAAACACGUACACAACAUGAAAUCCACAGACUCCGGAGAACCCACAAAACUAAAUGCACUGAUUUCUGUGUAAUUCAAUCUGAUGCUGAAGGUUUCACAUCAUCUGACACUGUGAACACGUGAAGACAAAACAAUAACACGUGACGUUUGCAUGUUAGUGUGUUUACAUGAUUCCUGCUCCAUCAUGUAUCUCUGUUUACUGUACAUUAGUGCACUAGUGUCUCUCAGGCACCGAAACCCUCUAACCUGCACCAGCACCUGAAGGUUUUAUGUUUUAUUGAAGUGUUUUUAAAAUGUAGGUUUAACAUGUGAACUCUGUGAUUUAUGACAAUUGAGCCACGUAUGUGCACUGUGCAAUUUUUCAACCAGCAACAAUCUGAAGGCAGACUCACACGGAGGCUGGUCGAUGAUGGAUAUUCAGUAUUGAAACGGUCGAGCUGCAGUUUGAUGUGAACUGAAGCUUUGAGUUUGAUUCUGUUCAUAAAGAUGGACGACGCAUCUCCACUUCCUCUCGCUAUCCAGAAAGGAAUAUUUAACGUUUACUUUGACUUUUUAGUUUGUUUAUACUGCAGCUAUCCACUAGGGGGCAAUCAAGAACAUUGGCUUCAUUUUUGUCUUUCCGAGUCGUCCAUCUUUAAACACAGUUUAUGGUUUUACUCAACCUGUUGGUAAAGAAGUAAAAAAAAAAAAAAAACA